GCGUUCCAAAAUCUAGCCGACAAGGCUGAAAAUCUAUAGUUCACGUUACGUAUGCUAUAGAUUUUCAGUGGGAAGUAGGAUUUCAGGAUAUUUUGGAACGCACCGUAGCGCAUCCCUUCCACACGUGCUUCGUGCUGCGUAUGCAUUUGGCGCGUUUUAUCUCGAGUACCUUCGAACCUUCGGGAGUCGUCUCUCGCGCACUUGCAGGAACGGGGAAUCGCGUCACGAGGCCAUUUCGAAGGAUAUCGGGCGCGGCUGAACUGCGCCGCUCGAUUAGGGAAGGCAACCGCCGACCAACAUGUCCAAAAUACGGCGAUUGUCGGUUCGCGGCAUACGUAAUUUCGGCGACGAUAACGAUGACGCGUUGAUACGCUUCUCCUGCCCGUUGACUCUUAUCCUGGGCCCAAACGGCACGGGGAAGACGACCAUCAUAGAGGCACUCAAGUAUGCUAUGACCAGCGAGUUUCCACCGGGCUCGGAAAAAGGGAAGUCCUUCAUACAUGAUCCCAUGCUGACGACGACCGGCUCGGUGAGAGGCAUGGUUAAGGCUGAAAUAGUCGAUUCUGAAGGUAAAAGCUAUAUAGUAGCCAGAACAAUUGAGUUGUCGAAAGGAGGGAAAAGGAAUAAUUUUAAAACUCUCGACAGUACUUUGACUACAAUAAGCAGAGAUAAGAAAAAGAAAGCCUCGAUAACCAGUCGAUGUGCUAACGUUGAUGAGGAAAUUGGUGUGGCGUUGGGCGUUUCAAAAUCGAUUUUGAAUUAUGUCAUAUUUUGCCACCAAGACGAGCUUAAUUGGCCAUUUGACUCGGGGCAAACGUUAAAGCAGAGAUUUGAUGAUAUAUUUAACAGUACUAGAUAUAGCAAAGCCUUGGAUACUAUUUUAAAGCUUCAAAAAGAGUUACAAAGCGAUAUUCGAAGUCUAACGGCAGAGAAAAAGACUUUCAAAGUAUUAGUAGCCGAAGUAGAGGAUAAAGAGAAUAAACUCAAGGAUCAAAAGAAAAGGUUGGACACCGCAAAGGAGAAAAUAAGCGAUAUUGAUAAACAACUCGACCCCGUGAAACAAAAGCUUGAAGAAGUGCAGCAAUUUCAUUCGGAAUAUAAGAAUGUCCAGAGUGAGGAAGAGAAAAAGAAGAUGGAAUACAAUAUGCAUAAGGAUCGAUAUGACAAACUGAAGGAAACCAUAAAAAACAUCUUUGAUGGGACGACAGAGGAAUUGAAGGAGCUCGUGGAAUCAUAUGACUCUACACUGAAGGAAAAAAACUUCGAAAUUACAGAGAAUGAAGCCGAGGUCAAAGGUAUCUCCGAGAAGGGAAAUAGGAUCUCGAAUAUUUUAGCGACACGAAGGGAAACGGUAGGCACAUUGAAACAACAAGUAAAAGAUCAUGAAAAAAGAAUGGUUCGUCGCAAUCAAUUGCUAAAUGACGCACUGAAAGCUUGGAAUUUUGAUGCGGUGGAAUCAGAUGUAUCUGAAAUAGAGGUGAAGGCUCGUACAAAAAGAUUGGAAGAAAAGAUGCGGACAUUAGAGAAACAGGUAGAGGAAAAUAGAUUGACCAUGCAAAGAGAGGAAAAAGAAUUACAGAAGGAAGUUGAUAAGCUGCGUAGCAAUUAUUCGAAGAUCGAAUCGGAGAAAGUUCUUAAAGAAAACGAAGUAACAGAGAUAAGAGACGAAAUAGACGCAAUUCGAAAGCAGAUAACACAGAUUGGUGCAGCGGGAAAUAAGUUAAAGUCCCUCGAACAAAAACUUCAAACGGCAAAGCAACGAAUUGACGAACUUAGCAACGCACUGGAUGUAAAUUCCGUUAAAGCUGAUAUUGGAGACAAGAUAAAAUCCAGGGAUAAGAUUGAAGCAAGUUUAAGCGCGAUCGACGACGAAAUUUCUUCUUUGCAUAAAUUAAGCUCGUUAACGGCGGAAUUUGAAUUAAAAAAGUCGGCAUUACAAGCUAAGGAAGACGAGCUGGAGAAUUUGAAGAAAAAGCACGGAGAUAGCAUUAAAGUAUUGUUAAACAUUCAAGAAUUAGAAGAAACGAAAUUGAAAGAUACUUUGGAACGUGUUCAUCAGAAAUUGGAAAAAGAAACAAAUUCGUUAACGCGAGAGAUUCAAGCGCAAGAACGUAAAACUACUGCUCUUGAGACAACAGUACGGCAUAUAGAAUCCGACAUUAAGAAAAAGACGAUAGAACUGCGCAAUGAUAAAGAGAAGAUAUCUACAGUGUGCGAUUAUAAAGAUUUCGAUGAGACUUUGUUACUGCAAUCUACUAAAGUAAAGGAUCUUCAGGACAAGAGAGGAAUCUAUGCUUAUCAAGCUACAGCCUACAAGGAAUAUGUCAAAAGAUUAUCCGUUAAGGAUCCUUGUUGCCCUUUGUGUCAUAGAAAUUUUGAGGAGCAAAAUAAAGUUGCAGAUUUAAUAAAGGAAAUCGAAAGCGACAUAAUACGUAAUCAACCUGAUCGUUUAAAGUUGUGUGAGCGGGAACUAGCGACAGAACAGGAAAAAUAUGAUAAUAUGUUGCAACUGAAACCUAUUGUUGAAAAAGUUAUUCAAUGUGAAGAAAAUGACUUGAAAGUAUUAGAGGAAAAGUUGAAGAAGAUGAAGAACGGCGUGGCGCAGUCGAAAAUGGCCGUUAAGGAUCUAGAAGCGUCGAAGGCAGAGCCUGAGAAGAAGUUGUUACUGUAUAAAAAUAUGAUCGGUGAUAUUAAAUUCUGGGAUCGGUGCAUAGAUGAAAUACAGCAAUCGAAGAGAGUAGUCAGAAACUUGGAAAUUCAAAUGGCCAAUGCUGGAGUUAAGACCGAAAGGACUAUAGAAGAAGCGCAGGCACAGCGAGAGUCUUUGAAAACGUCUCUUAAAGAAAUUCGUAAUAAUAUUGAUGCAUUGCAAAUCAAAUUGAGCAAGCAUACCGAGAGAUUGCAGGACGCUAGAGCGACGUAUAAUGGUCUACACGAGGAGCAAUUAAAAAUACAUUCUGAUAUGCAGAAAUUGAAACAUUUGAAGGAUAAGCAGGAUGACUUGUACGCGCGAGAAAUUACCGUAGGAGAAACGGUGGAGAAACUACGGAAGGAUUUGGCACAUGCUGAGACUCAAUUGGAUUCCAGAAGUCGGCAGUUGGAAAAGACCAAGACUGAGAAUUGGCAAAAGCAAGAAGCCGAUAGAAAAUCAGUGUCCGAAAAUGCCAAACGUUUGUCUGAUUUGGAUAAAAUAUCGGACGAGGUCAAUUCUUUUGUCAAUAGCAAUGUACUCGAAAAACUCGCAAACUACGAGCGCGAGAUAGAGACUUACAAGAACUCGCUAACGGAACUUAUGGACAAGAAAAACGACGUAGAGCAAACGAUAAGCAAGUUGAAGGAAGACAUUGCCUCUCAAGAAAUUAAAAAGCGAGAGUUACUUGACAAUAUGACGCUACGUAAAAUUAAGGAAACCCUAGAAACCUUGAGAGAGCAAUACAGAAAAUUGAACGAAAAACUGAAAAAUAUGGAUUAUAAGGAAAUGAUGAAGAAAUGGGAGCAAUUGGAAAACGAGAAGCAAACGUUACUUCGACAAAGGAAUGUAGCGGUGGGAAAUCAGGAAGAGUUGGAGAGAGUAAUCAAACAGUACACGCAUGAAUUACGAAAAGAGGAAUACCGAUCAGCUCGUCAGAAUUAUACUAAAAAGUGCAUUGAAUUAACAGUUCAAGAAGAUACUAUAACUAAUCUGAAAGCUUACAACAAAAUAUUGGAUACCGCGAUGAUCGAAUACCACGAGGAGCGUAUGUCGACGGUCAAUACGAUAAUGAGAAAGCUGUGGAAGCACGUUUACAAGGGCACGGAUACAAGCAGCAUAGAGAUCUGCACGGAACCUACAGAACAAGGAGCCAACAAAAGGAACUACAACUACAAAUUGAUUCAAACUAAACACGGAUGUAAAAUGGAUAUGAGAGGACGUUGCAGUGCUGGACAGAAGGUAUUGGCGUCGAUAAUUAUAAGACUCGCUUUGGCAGAAACGUUCUGCAAGAAUUGCGGCAUUCUCGCGUUAGAUGAACCAACGACAAAUCUGGAUGAAGAAAACGCGAACAGUUUAGCGGAUACGUUAACUAAAGUGGUCGAGUUGCGAGCAAAACAUCAGAAGAAUUUCCAGUUGAUUAUAAUCAGCCACGAUGAAAAGUUCCUACAGAAGCUUGCCAAUUUGAAUAAUUACAAGCAAUUCCAUGAGCUUUAUCGUAAACACAAUGGGAUGACCGCGAUAAAGCUCUCUGCCUUCAACGAGCCUAUGAGUUCUCUAUUGCACAUUAAGGAUGAAGAUGAAUCUGACGAUGAAGAGCGAGUUAAUGAGGUUCAAGAGUCGACCAGUGGUACAUCUAGAGAUACAUCGAGUAAAAAGAGAUACAAUCUGGAUGACAACGAAGAUAGUAGACCGCCCGCUAAAAAGAAGUAUUGCUUCACCUAGUAAUUUAAAAUACACGUUCCGUUUUUUAUACCAAACAUAUAUUUCGUUUAUAUAACAUAUACAUAUAUAUAUAUAUACAUUAUAUGUAUUUUUUUAUAUAAUAUAUAUUUUAUUUUUUAUAUGAUAAUGUUCCUGUAAUUGAUACAGUAUAUUCGUAACAUGGUAGUGUGUAUUGUGAAAGAAAUAACCAAACAAAAGUUAUAUGUGCUAAAAAUACCUCAAGUAAUAUGAUAAGAACAUGAAAAUUAUUUUAUAAUUACUCCGAAGGAGAUGUAGUGUUGGUUAUUAAAUAAAUUUAAUUUUCAAAUGA